AUGUCUACCGCCGCAGGUACUCCCCCCCCCCCCCCCGGAUACGGUUCGGGCCCGCAUUACGGCUAUUAUGCCGACAAGUCGGACUAUCGCCGCGCCCUGGGCGAAUACUUAGUGGAGGGUAAUUCCUCCGACGAGGAGUUCGCACCUCCGGAGGAGCGCAACGUCUACAUCCUGGUUGAGGCCCGCCCUAAGGUUGGAACCGUACCGGGCGCUCGCGCCGUCCUCUCGCCCGAAUUUCUAGCCCUAGGCCGGGUUUGGGCUCGCACCCUGGCCCUAGCCGAGAUAGAGCCCGCCCCCGUACGCCCUGCCUACACCCUCGCCCCCGUACCGGGUGUUGUCUCCCCCCCCGCCGCUGCCGACGACGACAACCCGAACCGCGCCCUCGUCCUCGCCGCUAACGCCUUAACCCCGACUCGGGCUAGUGGCCGUUCCGGUAGCGUACCGAGCGCGCAGCUCGGCGUAUUUGCUUAG